GCAGGAAAUGUCACUUAUGUCACGAAAGGAGGUCAUUUCAUUGUUUUUAAAAAUAAGAUUGAUAUUUUUGCAGGUUAUUUAUUUCCUAGAGUGGACCAGCUUACUAAAGAACUAGCCAUGAACUGGAAGAAAUAUUUUUCUUCAAUUCUGGGAAUGAGUUGCUUUCACUUUUAAGACAAACUUCUUGCGAAACUGGCAUUGUUACAGCACGUGCACUCAUUUGUCGUUUCAAGCAUAUUUUGUCGGUCUGAGAUGACUGGAUUAUUUCCAGAUCUUGAACCAGUUUGUUUUAUAACCGAAGAAGUACCAAGAGAGGAUGAUGCCUUCACUGAUGUUUUAAAUGAAAUGAUAGAUGAGCUAAGCUUGGGCUUGUGUUUUGAAGUUCAUCGAAACAUCAAGAUAGGUUUUUAUGAAAUGCAGGAAAAGGCAGAAAACAUUCCAGAUGAAUUAAAAAUUGUUGAUCAACUGGGGCUGGAUGUUUUUGGUCAUGGUCCUGGAAGACGACCAAUGGAAUGUCUUUGUCCUAACUGUGGUCGCAAUAUGGCUGCUUCUAGGUUUGCUCCACACUUGGAAAAGUGUAUGGGGAUGGGCAGAAAUAGCAGUCGCAUAGCAAGCAGAAGACUAGCAAACCCUGGCCGCCUGAUUGACGAUGAUGAUGAAGAUAUUUACCUGGACGACGAUUGGACCUGGAAUGGUGACAAACGUUUAGCGAAUAAGAAGAGGAAGGACAAGAAUGCCAACUCUCCACGAAGGUCAAAAACGUUCAAGAAAAAUGGUGACUCUGGACGUCCGAACACGCCAAGCUCUGAUAUUUUACCUGCCUAUAAUAAGGCUGGCCUUACACUGCAGGAAUUUGAAGCACUUUCAUUAGAUGAAAAACGAGGUCUUUUGUCUAAGACAUGUGGUGUUAUAUCUGAACAUACGUCAAAAAUGUGUACGAAGACACAAAAAUGCCCUCAACAUACAGAUGAUCAGAGAAGAUCAAUCCGGUUGCUGUUAGUUGGUCAAGCUGAUAUAAUGCCCGUUAAAUUCAAAUCUGAUGGUUUUCUUAUCGAACAAGACGAAAUUCAAGUUGAUGUUGAUGGCUUUGACGAUGGAGAAGGUCAGUCGUUACGAGACAGUUUGAACAGAUUGGCUUGGGAAGAGGAUUCUAACGUCUCUCUUGGGGAUGAAGAAGGUUCUAGAUCACCCACGAUGAGUUCCGUGCCAUCAAAUAUUGGCUUACACAAUCGAGGAAGGAAGAAGGCAAAGUAUCGAAAGCGCAAAAGUCGUUAAAACAGAAUGAAAGGAGUGCAGCUGUUGGACAUGCUUGUGGCCUGCUCUUCUAUCUGUGUGAAGUGAAAAGCUUUGUGAUGACAAGAAAGCAAUGGGAUUUUACUGGAUCCACAUUUCAAAUAAUUGCAACAACCGUUGCUGGAUCAUGGUGCACUUGCCUGACAGAGACAAAUCAAUUUCUGACACAUAAAUAAUAGAUCUCUGAUCCCUUCCAAUUUAUCAGGCGGAACAUUUUUAUUGCUCGAGUAUUGUCGAUUUCCCUGAUUUCCCGACCGAGUGAACGUUUCUAAGCCAGGAGAACGACACUAAUGGCUCAACUCAGACAUUCAUGUAUGUUUGUAUCGUAAACGUUGUGAACAUAAAUCAUAUUUGAAGCAUGUAAUGCGGAGAUAACACUUGUAAAAAUCUUACUACACUCAGUACAUUGCGUAAAUUGUUGGAGUUUUUCUAAAGAGUUUAGCACGACGUCGUUCAGCAACAAUGAGAGAGAAAACCUUGCGACCAUUAAAA